UCCUGAGUGAUAAGUACAUAAGAAAAAAAGAAGACAGGAGUGACAGCGUCCGGGCGUGUUUGGUCCGAACGUCAGCGUCCCGGCAGACAGCGGCGCACGGGUCAUCAAUGGAGCUGUCAGAUGAUCCAAGGUCGAGGGGGCAGGACAAGGCUCCCGCCGUCCUCCCGCUGAGAACCAGCAGCUGCAGCCUCUCUGCCUCUACCUUCAUCCGGCGCAGCAUCAAGCUGGAGCAGACCCAGCAGAAGUGCAUCGCCGUCUUCGCGCUGCUCUGCUGCUCUGGCGUGCUGCUGGCGCUCAUCUUCUCGUCUGUGGACCUAUGGGGGGAUGACGAGGACGGCAUCACGGAGGAGAACUGCAGCAGCAAGUGCCGCGUCGUCCUGGUGGAGAACCUCCCGGACGGGCUCUCUCUCGCCCACCUCCCCGUCGCCGCCGGCUUCCACGGCCUGUUGGACCGGGCCCAGCACUCGGUGGAGGUGGUGUCGCCCGUGUGGGACCUGAACUCGUGGGACGCGGAGCCGGCGCCGGGCGCCGCCAGGCAGGGUCAGCGUUUGUUCCAGAGGCUGCUCGGCCUCGACUCUCGUGGGGUUAAACUGAAGAUUGCCAGCAGCCUGACUAACUCGGCCGAACUGAGGGCCUUGGCGGCGCACAAUGCCGAGGUCCACUUCGUUAACAUGACGGCUCUCACCAGAGGAACGCUCCGCUCCUCCUUCUGGAUCGUGGACCGGAAGCACAUCUACGUGGGGAGCGCCGACAUGUCCUGGAGGUCACUGUCCAAGAGGAAGGAGCUGGGCGUGGUGCUGUACAACUGCAGCUGCCUGGCGCUGGACCUCCACAGAGUCUUCUCCUUCUACUGGCAGCUCCACGAGAGGGACUACAUCCCCUCCAUCUGGUCGAAGAGGGUCACAGCCCUCUACGGGAGGCACGAGGGCCUGGAGCUGCAGCUCAACGCCACCGAGGCCGCCGCCUACGUGUCUACCUCUCCCGAAGCCUUCUGCCCCAAGGAUCGCACCAGAGACGUGGACGCCAUUUAUCACGUGCUCCAGAGGGCGAGGGCGUUCGCCUUCAUCUCCGUGACGGACUACCUGCCGCUGGUCAACAGGAGCUACAGAGGAGCCUCAGUCACGAGGUACUGGUCGCCCAUCGAUGAAAUGAUCCGAGAGGCCGUCGUGCUGAGAGGACUUCGGGUUCGUCUGCUGAUAAGCUUCUGGAAGAAGACUCACCCUCUCACCUUUAACUUCGUCACCUCCCUGAAGUCGCUCUGCAUGCAGCUGCACAACUGUUCACUGGAGGUGAGGUUUUUUAGUCACCGAGAGCAGAAGGACGACAUCCAACAUGGACUCAACCACAACAAGUACAUGGUGACGGACGCCGGCGUUUACAUUGGGAACCACGACUGGGUCGGGAAUGACUUCGCUCUGAACGCCGGCGUGGGCCUGGUCGUCAUGAUGAGAAACAGCCUGACGGACACAGGAGCCACCAUCGUGGAGCAGGUCAAGGCUGCCUUUGACAGAGACUGGAGGUCCCGCUACGCUAAGAGCCUGUGAGCAGGCAGCAGGCCAAACCUGCAGGGGUCCCGGAUGCCAAGGAACCAACACAGAGCCGCCCUUUACCUUUCUGAGCACAGGGUGUCUUUCUACAACCCGAUGAUGUUGCCUCAUAAGCCUGAAUGUCAUAGACCUGAUAUGAGAAUGUAGAUCCGACCUGUUACACACACGUAUAUGACCUGUCAUUAAUUUUGUGAUACUGAGUUAAUAGAGUUAGUGAAGGAAUGACUUAACUCAGCACUAGGUUAAUAAAUACAAUAACAGCAUCUAACUACACUAAGUUAUUAUUAUUGACCAUUAUAUGAGCAUGUGCUACUGCAUGAAUGCUAAAAGCAAUAGUCUACUUACUUCAGUAUUUACUGGGACAAGCAAUAUGAUGAUUAUACAAUCAAUAUAUGUCAAAUCCAUCCCAUCUCAUUAUUAUACUGUCUGAUGCUGCACUGCUUUUUUUUUAGGUUUUUAAUCUGUUAUAUUUAAGAUUUGAUCCACACAGAAUAGGAGGUUUUAAUGUUGCAUUCAAAAGCCUGAGAAUUGUAAGAAAUUACAUUUACUGGAUGAUGCAAAAAGUAGUUCUACUUAUGCAACAGCUAUUCAUUGUCUCGUUUCCAUCUCUUUAUAAAAAUAAAAAUCUUUUCUAAUGUAA